AUGGUGGGCAUGUUGUCCGAGUAAUUUGCCGAGACCCUUGAGCUGGAGCGAAUGAAAUAAGACCGCAAUGCUGCGAUCGUUGCCAGGUUUCGACCGGCACGGCGCAAGCGUCCUGUACGUGCGACAUUCUGCAUGACAACGGCGUCAGGCCGCAGCCGGCGCGCUGCGCUCUGUCGGUCGGCGAGACAUCGCGAUGAUGCACGGGCGGCGCGUAUCGCUCGCGCUGCUAUUGUGCGGCUUGCUGUGUACGCUGCUUGUGCCGUUUGCGCUGGUGCUGCGUUCGCCGACGGGCUGCAGCGUUGGUGAUGAAGAUGACGACUAUGAGCUUGAAAGCGCGGUAGGGCACCGAUUAGCCGUGAUCAUUCCGUUUCGCGAUCGCUUCGACGAACUGCUCCGGCUGGCGCCUCACUUGCAUCGCUUCCUGCGCAAGCAGGGUAUUCGGCACCGGCUGGUUGUGGUGAACCAGAUUGACACACUGCGGUUCAAUCGAGGGUCGCUCAUCAAUGCCGGCUUCUUGGAGAGCGAGGCAGACUGCGACUAUGUUGCCAUGCACGACGUCGACCUCCUGCCACUGAACCCUCAGCUGAGCUAUGCAUUCCCUCCCAACGGUGGACCGCACCACCUCGCUGCACCAGGCCUGCAUCCGCGGUACCACUACCCAACUUUUGUUGGUGGCAUCCUCCUGUUGAGCACAACCCGCUUCCGCCAGUUGAAUGGCAUCUCAAACCGCUACUGGGGUUGGGGACUCGAGGACGACGAAUUCUAUGCACGCAUCCGCGAGGCUGGCCUCAAUGUUACUCGCCCUGUUGGCAUUACAACUGGCAAAAAGGACACAUUCCGGCACCUGCAUGACCGCAGACGCCGGCCUAGGGACACGGCACGGACAGCAGACCAGAGGCGUGAGAAUCGUCGUAGAGACCGUCGAACUGGCCUGGGUGACAUACGGUACCAGGUCAAGGCUAGGCACAACCUGAAAAUUGACGGGGCACCUGUGGAUGUGCUUGAUGUUAGACUGUUUUGCAACCGUACUGACACGCCGUGGUGUGAAUUGCCUGUAACUUGACUGACGUGGACGGUUUGGUAAGUGUUGACUGGGCCCUCGUUUGCUUGCAUCAAGCGGUGCUGUAGUUGCCUGUGUUUUUGUACUUUUCUUUUAGCAGGUGUGCAUUUUGUAUUUGAUCACGCGUGAAACGAUGUGGCAGUGUUCGUUGCUGUGGCACGCUUCGGUGGCCGAUUUCUUGCGUGUUUCUUUGUGCUCACAUUGUUUGUAGCACCACGUGUAACGAAAUGCCAACCAGCUGCCAUAUGUAUGUAAUUUUUCGGGGUGUUAUCGGUCUGUUGUUAAGAGGCUACAUGUUAAAGUGCCAUAAUUUCCUAUCCGAAGGAACCCUUUGGUGUUGCAGAAACACACUAAGUGUUAAAAGGACACUAAAGAUAAAAACGAUUUUUCUCGUACUUGUAAAUUACUCUUUCACAAAACCAAAGGCAUAACUCUUGCUGCGAGAAGAUGCCUGGUAAGCAAGAAAACACAUGAAAAGAAAAUGCAUGUGGCGGUACCACCUGCAACAAGCACCAACUUGUUCUGAUGUCAUAGAUUUUGAUAGUGUCUGCUAAGGCUUACAUGGCUCCUUAUUGGCAAAAUCAACGUAAACUGUCUUCCAAAGAGGCCAGAGAGAAAAUUAAAAUUUACCAAGUUUCAGAAAAUUUUGUUGUCUCAACGUAGCCAAAAUGCAAACACAUUGAAAUUUCUGACAUUGUGCUGGCAUCCAUGUGCAGUGAUUUCAGUGCGAAAUUCUUAAAUAUGAUACUUUGACCUUCAUUUCCUCUUAUAUUAUUAAUUUUAUGAUGGUGAUAAUAAUGACAGUACUGUUUUCAAAGAAUGAUAUAUCCAUUUGAAUUGAUUCAUUGUUUCACUUUACUGUCUCUUUAACUGAAUGUCAACUUUAGGGUAUUGCAUAAAACCAAUAGUGUCAUUUGUGUUUGCCAUUAUGUAGAAUAACUUUAUGCAAACUAUUGUGCUCUAGCCUUGGAAUGCACUUGAAGGGUAGUCAGUAGCUUCGCAGGAUAGAUGCUUCAGUUGCUGUGCAUGGGAUCAUAUUUCGCUUUGUUAAACGUACUCAAAAUUUAAUGAUAAGUCUUUUUCAUGAUGUGGAAAUGGUUCCUUCAGCACACGCGUCAUAUUUUCUUCCCAUGGUAACACGACAAAGGCUUAUUGCUCAAACCUCAAAAUGAAGUGGCAUUUCUAACAAAUGUGCAUACUUAUUAGCCCAUUAAGACGAAAAUGCACUUUUGUCACUUGCAGAUGAAGUCAACAGUAGGUCAGAAACCUGGAGUAGGUUAACAUUUGACAUGUACGUACAUGUAUGAAGGUCACAUUAAAAGACUCUCUUGUUAAAACUUUUUCAUUGAACCUGUUGUCCCACACCCAUUGAUGCUAACAUUAAAAACUAUUUUAUAUCGGAGCUGUUAAAAGGGUCAUGAAACACUUUUGCAAGUAAUGAUCUAAUGACCUCAGUAUCGGAGUUUACUGCCUCCCGAAUCGAUUGCCGCAAAAAUUUCUUGAGUCCGUCAAGAAUGAGCGGAGUUACGGGGUUUGGGCGCACGCUCUCAGCGCUUUCUCUCUUUUCUCGUGCCGACGGGCGCACUGGAAGCUACACGGGUAGGGAUGGCACGGGGGAAAGAAGUUACGUCAGCGCGCGUCAUGAAACACAAUCGCUCUCCCGCUGUGAUUCGCGUGCGCAAGCGCAGCUACCGUGUACUGAGGAGUGCGGCGCCGGCAAGUGGCGGCACCCCGUGGCAAGAAGCACAUCUAAUCCGAACGCCGCUCUCGUCGGCUAUUGGCCAAUGAGGAUGCUAUGUCUUUUGCGACGCAGCGAUGCAGAUCGCGACGUCAAUCGGCAGACGCCCCGCCCACCGACGAGAGUGAGAACCGGCCUCUGUUUGAAAAGAGGGCGCCUGAGAAAACAGCAACUUCGCGUUCCGCUUGUAGCCUUUACGUGGUGCGCACGACUGCAAUAUUUGGCUGAGCAGUUCAUAGCCGUGUCAGCUUUCCGCCGGAUGUGUUUUUUCAACAAGCCCAAGGGGUGCUUCAUGACCCCUUUAAGCUCUUCGUUAUGCCAUGUGGCGGCACCAAAAAGCUAUCAUCAUCAUUUAACCAGCGUGCACUCUCUUUGUCCUCUUCUUCACCUUCUGCUUUGCUCCCAGAACACACGCACUGAUUUGUAAAGCAUGGCAUGCAAUAACCCUGAUGGGUGAGAGAAGAGCACAGAGAGAGAAAGGGAAGAAAUAAAGAAAAGGAUAGAAAGAAACAGACACAAGAAAGAGAGAGUAAGCAUAACUAUGUAUAAUAUAGAAUAGCAAGGUUUGGGAAAGGGAAGUGAGGGAAAGGAGGAGGGCAUCGCCAUCAGCUCCGCUGCCUCAUUCUUCACACCACUAGUGCUUAGCUGCGCCAAUUUAAAAAAAAAAUUAAUUAGUAACAAUUUUCUGAAUUAAAAACAUUUUUUAUUAGUCAUUUUAUGCAAAACACUCGUGAGAAGUGACCUUGUGGAAAUUGAUUUAAAGAAAGUUUAAUAUUCAUGUUUUCAUUUAGGUCGCAGGAGCGUAACAAUUUUGCAUAUAAGCACAUGGAACACUUCUGGAGUUCCGCUUGCACUUAAUUCGUCAGCAUAAUGCAAGACAUUUUCUGUUUUUGGUUGAGAGAAAGCCUGUUUUUCUGCUUUUGCUACAGGAUUGAGGGGAAAAAGAAAGAAUGACAUGUUGUCAUUUUCUUUUCAGAUUUUCAGUGCCACCUGUGGUUUGCAUGAUUUGUCCGCAUGUAUUUCACAUCAUGUACACAUCGCUAGAUUUAUGCAAAGUGAUCAUUGACUUGCUCUUGGGAUGAGGACGGGAAAGUGAUUGCAACAAUGUGUGCCAGAAGGCCUUUCCAGUCUUUGCCAGUUUGAGGAAUGAACGAGGUGGCAAAAUGAGAACCGUGUACAGUUUAUUGAGACGCCGGCCUACAGUAGUGCUCACAAUUUCGAGUGGUGGUUGGUCAAUUGUGCUGACGUCUGUAUAAUGUUUGUGCACGCUUAUGCGUGUUUGUCUCUGGCCGUGUGCAAUAUUCGAAUGCGUUGCAAGACGAAUGUGUGUGAUAAUUGAUGUUUGUUUAGGGAUUAUAUCAUGCCACUCUGAACUUUUAAUGCCUUGUAAUUCUUUCCACCAGCAGUGAUGUUCUUUUCCUACCAUGUCCUUAUGACAGGCAAGCUCUGCGUAAUGUGGCAUGGCCUUUUCUUUUUUUGACUCAACUCUAUGCAUUUCCCAUACUCGAAGCAUAAAUCAUGUUGAUGUAUAAGUCCAGCACAAGCAACAUGUAUCUCAUUUCUGUAAUCCAUGCAAGGUAUGCAAGUGCCUAAGUGACGUAAGUUGAGUACUAAUUUCUGCAGUUAAGUUUCUGCUAACGUUUGCAUAAUGGUAAUGACGAGCUUUGUGCUGACAAGGACAGGCACUGUCAAAAGUCGUUUCGUUUGGUUAAAGGCCAACUCCGGCGAUUUUUUGGCCAUGUCAUAGUAAUGGUGCUUUUAUGUUCCUGAGGCGCUCCUGUUACGGGCCCGAUAGCAGAAAUACUCGGCAAAUUGGAGAAUAAUUUUAAAUAACCAAAAAAGCGCAAUACCGAAACCGAAACCCAACCGAAUGUACUGUCUACGUAUGACGUAGACGUUGUUACGAACGAACUGGAAGUCGUGCAAGGCAUGCCGGUCACGCCGGCGCAGAGUAUGAAAACAGUGAUAGCCGGGACAAGCAGGCGCACAGUGGAGAGGUGAGCACGCCGCGCAUCAGCUGUAAUGUCUGCGACUGACAGUGCGACGUCGGAUAAUGACAGUGUCUCGGCCAGGACAGCAGACGCUCGCUGUAGCGGCCGAAGUUAGUGGUGCCCUCGGCUGCGUCACUUCUGCCGCCUUCCCAAUACUGACGUCACAGACGCAACAUUGCCAAUAAUUGUGGGAAGCCAGGAGGGCGUUUGCAGAUAAUCUUUAAAAUUCAUUUGCAAACUAUCUGCGCAUGUCUCAAGCCUGUAAUUUGGCAUAAAUGACGGAAACGUGCAAAGGAACGUACCCAGCGAAUUUCAUUGAGAUCCAUCGACCUCAAAAAAUCGCCGGAGUUGGCCUUUAAGCAUAACACAUUCAACUAGUGUUGAUUAAACAAGGAAUACAGCUGAAGUGAAGCAUACUGACCACUGAGUGGCUGUCGUGUAGAGGUGCUGUGUGCUUAGGUGGAUGAACUGUCAGAUCUCAACAUUGUGUUCAAAAUGGUGGACACAGUGGGAUUGAUGAGAACUUUGACGUGUGGCAGAUCGCUCUGUCCAGUGGUGAACAAAUUUUAACGUGUUAUGAUAUUUAUCAGUUCUUGCAGUUUUUGUGUAUUUGUGUUAUACAUGUAUUUGUGUUGUAAUUGAUACAUUUUAGAAGACAAUGUUUGUGAGUGGUACUCUGAUCUCUGUUUUGAUCUAUUGGAGUACAGAGUUUGUUCCUUAUGAACGAAGGUGCUUGGUUGUAUUAGUAGCUGCACUGUAUGUAAAUGCAAUGUAAUGAACAGCUUUGUGAAAUGCAUUUUUUAAAGUAACUUGGUCUCUCGCAAUUGCACAAUUGUGUCACUGUAGAUUAAAGGGGCCCUGCAACACUUUUCCAAGUAAUCGUCUAAUGGCCUCAUUAAAAAAGCUUAUUGUUUCACGAAUCGACUGCCGCAAAAAUUUUUAUAAUCCGUCAAGCACAAGCGGAGUUACAGGGAUUUGCCGCACGCUUUCUCUCUCUUUUCUUCCCAGCGAGCGCGCUGAGAGCUACGCAGGGAGGGGGAUGACAAGGGGGCAAAAAGAUGUGUCCCUUCAUCAGUGCACAUCAUGACCUUGAGCACUUUUCAUUUUUCCUUUGAACGCACGGUUUACUUUCAGUGUGAUCGCGAGCAUGCGCGGUCAUGUGGUGGCAUCCCGCGGCGGCCACAGUAACUAUGCAGCUUGCCAUGCUGAAAUCGGCCAACGGCCGUGCACUUGGGUUUAUGGCGCAGUGAUUUGGGUAUAUAGCAUCAUUUUUAGAAAGAAGAGGGAAUAAUUUCUAGCUGACUUUAAGAAUUAAUCGUAAAUUCCAGGCCGCCUGCUGUGCUAUAAUGUUUGGCUCACGUGUUCUCAGGAGCCUCGAAUACCGAUCGGCAGUGUUUUCUGACCAUGCUGAAAAAGUGUUGCAGGGUCUCUUUAAGAAACGUUUUGCUCAUGAUGGUGUUCAGGUAACACUGCGAACAACACAAGGUAUAGAGAGGAGCCUUUUUGUUAGGUUUUGUUGUAAAGGGCCUCUCACCAAGUUUUGGCAUGCAAGCAAACAAGCAUGGCGCACAGAUCACUCAGCAGCGAUCAUAUCUGCAAAUAUAAAAUGCUUCUUGUGCAAAAAAUGGUUGAAAGUUAAAGCAGAAUGUUGCAUGUCCUCUCGUCUGCGAGAUUCAUUUUGAGAGAGUGAAAGCUGACACACACAUAUUUACAUCAGAGGCAUCUGUUGAAACGUCCACAACUAGUCUGUGGAACAGCGCGCACCCAGAAUAGUCAUGAAACAUCACUGACAAUGGCACGUGACAUCGGUUCAUCAUAUUUGGAGCGUGCAAUGCUGCCACUGCAACUGGCACUAAAGCAAAGUAGAAGGAAGACAAAAUGAACUUGGUGCUUGUAACGUAAACGUAACAUGUCCCUUCACGUCCGGCAGUUGGAAGGAGGCAACACUCGCAAACGCUAGCUGAGGCAAAGACACAGAGUGUUAGUUUGUUUUGGCAGUGAAGCUCGUCUCCUGGAGGCAUAGAAAAGGAGAGUUGAAGUUCUUCUAACAUAUUCACUAAUAAACCUAUUUGGAAAAUUGUUUCUGUAGAACGCUCCCCACAUGGAACUUUGCAACAUUCACUGAUUAACAAAUAACCAAAAUUUCAAAUGUGGUCUGGUGUGGGGCCCUCUAAGAAAAUACGCUGCUCAUUGCAAAAUGAUUAUUGUGGCCGACACAAAAGUAAGCCAAAAGAAAUAACGGAGGCACGUGUUGUCUGUUCUUUACUUCAACUGCUCCUCUUUGCUCAUCACCGCUGUCUCUACUAAUGCCGUUAAGCUUUCCAUCAAAUGCCACCUGGCACUCUCCCAAUAUAGAGCCAACAGGUGCUAUGCUUUCAAGAUGUUUAGCUGUGGCAAUUUUGAAAUCUGUGUGCAUUGUUUUAUGUAGAUCAAAUCCACCACUGUAGAGAAAUAAACAGAACUGAAAGAUGGCGGGAGGAAUUGAAAGGGGCUCAUUUCAUUGUAACAGUGUCUCUUUGUUGGGUCUUUUUGCAAUCAGAUGUGCCGCACUUGGUAAAACUUGUGUGAAGUUCAUUUCACAUACUUGUUCAUGUGCUUUUGUGACAAGCAUUGUUUGAAUAUGAGUACAUUCUUAGUUGCAAUAUAUUACUAGGCUGAUUUCAUGAAGUCGGCACUGUUUGAAGUCACUAAAAGUUGUUCACCUCAUUUCCUGCAGUCUUGAUGAAAUUGCAGUGCUGCGUGUUUUUUUCCCAUGCACUUGAGAGUUGGUCAGUGCUUGAAGUCUCCUUGUGUUUAAAGCGUGCCAUAAAAUAUACGUAUUGGUUGUUCAUGUCUGACUGCUUGUUGUCUGAGUGUGUGUUCAUUGAAUGGCAGUUCUUGAACACUGUUCUCUCAUUAAAACUGAAGGAAGACA